AUCUAGUCAUUACGGUAAUCUUAACCCACAUCUCUUCUAUGAAAGUACUUUUGUUUCUUCUGUAGUAGUCUUUGGAUUCACUUUAAAAGUAGCCUAAUAUACAAGUUUUUUCCCUACGAAGUGAACUCCUCGGCGUCUGUUGUCGGUCCGCUCGUUUCCUCGGUGAACUGCAGCAUCCUCUGCAUACAUACAUGACCCAUAACCCCGAGAGGAGGUGGGCGGCUGGGUGCGAAGCGCGGCGUCUGCAGCAUAAUUAAAACAUGGCGGACUCGGAGGAAUAUAGACUUAAACGAUUAAAGCAUGAGGAGCACAUGUCCAGGGUGUUUGACGAGGUGAUGGGGCUGGGAGACUUCGCCGACUCCUCCAGGGGCUCCAAUGCAUCUUCCAAGAGUGGUGGACAGGAUGAGACGAAGGGAGUGGACCAAACCUCAGGACAAGAGGAACAACAACCAAUGGAGGAGGAGGAGGAGGAAGAGGAGGAGGAUAGCAACAGCAGCAGGAAAGAAGAAAAGAUAGACAAAGGGGCGGGCGAGUCAUCACCUCCUCGCAUUGCCUCGCCCACCUCUGACCCACAGGAUUCUUUUAAAAUGGGGACCAGCGAAGGGGGAGGUGGACGAGGAGGAAGCGGGGCAGCGGCAGGUUUUCGUUGA